UAUGAGGGCCGGGAUUUAGACGUGUUUUUAGGCAUUCCUUACGCACAGCCGCCUAUCGGAGACUUACGGUUCAAAAAGCCCUUACCGUUGGACCGCAAAUGGGAACAACCAUUGGAUGCCCAACACUGGCCACCGGCGUGUUAUCACAACAAGUAUCACCAAGAUUACUUUAAUCAUAAUAUGAGUGAAGAUUGUUUAUACUUAAAUAUAUGGUCACCAGUCAACACCAAGUCUACCGGUGCUCUGAAACCUGUCAUGUUUUGGAUACACGGAGGGGGGUUUGUAUGGGGCUCAUCCGUCGAGAAGUUUUACUCGGGGGAAGUCCUAUCAGCACUGGGAGACGUAGUCGUAGUCACCAUUAACUACAGACUCAACAUAUUUGGACUCUUAUAUACCGGUGCUGAGGGUCCGGCGCCGGGAAAUAUGGCUCUUUGGGAUCAGUCGGUGGCACUCGAGUGGGUCGUCGACAACAUCCGCUACUUCGGUGGCGACCCUCAGAGGGUCACCAUAUUUGGCGAGAGUGCCGGUGCUUUCUCUGUGGCCGCCCACAUACUGUCCCCCAUUAGCCGCAACCUAUUCACAAACGCCAUACUCAUGUCGGGGGCGCCCCUUAACGACCGACUCAUAACACCCAGGGAUGAGCGCGAGAGGGAAGGCGUGGAAAAGGCUGUGAGUUUAGGCUGUGGUGUCAGUACUGACGGCAAGUUUACGCCUGAAUUGAUUGACUGUCUUAUGGGACAACCGCCGGAAAAGUUGGUACAGGAGUUCACUCUGGAUGUCGAGUCCAGUGUCAUAGACAUCAUAGUCGACGGGGAAUUCCUACCGGAAAGUCCUAAAGAAAUGCUAAAAUCAGGGAAUUUUAAGAAAGGUCUG